AUGACUCUGAACCGCGGGGACAAGCUGCGCUACCUGGAGAAGCGGCGCUGCAGCACGCCCUUCGCCGCCCACCAGCACCUGCACCGGCGGAGCAUGCCGGUGGAUGACCGGGAGCUGCAGGCGUCCGUCCCGCCAGGCGACCUGCUGGGCGAGUUCUCCCCGCUGGUCCGCUGCACCUCGUACAACCCGGACCGGGAAAGCUGGGCGUCCGACUCCUCCGACUCGGUCAUCUCUUCGGGCAGCGACUCCGACAGCAACCUCUACAAGGUGAUCCUGCUGGGCGAGCACGGCGUGGGCAAGACCAGCCUGGCCAGGAUCUUCGGCGGGGUGGAGGACUGCCCCGAUGCGGAGGAGGCAGGGAAUACAUAUAACAGAUCGAUUAUAGUCGAUGGAGAAGAAGCUUCUCUCAUAGUGUUUGACAUAUGGGAGCAGGAUGACAGCCAGUGGCUUCAGAAUCAUUGUAUGAAAAUGGGGGAUGCCUAUAUUAUUGUGUACUCAGUGACAGACAAAGUUAGUUUUGAAAAGGCCUCAGAACUGAGAAUUCAGCUAAGAAGAGCAAGACAAACAGAAGAUAUUCCCAUCAUUCUGGUAGGGAAUAAAAGUGACCUCGUCCGAUCCAGAGAAGUCUCAGUAGAUGAGGGACGGGCCUGCGCUGUGGUGUUUGACUGCAAAUUCAUUGAGACGUCGGCUGCUCUUCAUCAUAAUGUGAAGGACCUGUUUGAAGGUAUCAUUCGACAAAUCAGACUUCGCAAAGACAGUAAGGAAGACAAUGCCAGGAGAAUGGCCAACACAAAAAGAAGAGAAAGCAUAAGCAAAAAGGCAAAGCGAUUCCUUGGGAGAAUUGUGGCAAAGAACAAUAAGAAAAUGGCUUUCAAGGCAAAGUCAAAGUCUUGCCAUGAUUUAUCUGUGCUUUAG